AUGAACCACUCAAUUUCUCAAAACGUUUUAUAUGAUGACGAAUUCCUUCCAAGUGAUGAUCCAUUCCUCUUUGGCGAUGAAAAGGAGAUUUCUUUUGAAGAUUCUGCAACUAAUAACAUGAUCAACAAUAACAACACUCUUGCUCCAGCUUCCAGUUGUGCUUCGUCCACUACUUCCUCUGAAGAAAGCACCUCCACUGUUUGUGCUACCAACGACAACAAAAAGAGCAGCACUGCUACCACCGCUUCAGGUCUUGUUGUUCUUUUGAAGCAAGCAAAGGGCAGAGAAGACCAAUUCGAAGACCGUUUUCCUCCCUCUUUGCUUUGUCAUCCCUACAAGUAUGACUUGAAAAUUAUUGGCUCUGGCAUUGAGAAUCAUCGUCAACACAAGUUAACUUUGAAUCUUGUUGAUGCUGAGACACUCAUCGUUCCAAAUGUUACUCUUCCAAACAAUAAGAAGAUUGUAGAGGCUGUUGCUGUUGAGCAAGUGGAAGAACUCAAUCCUAAUGAAAGAAUGAUUCGUUUUACGUUUAACUUGUGUUCAUUCCACUUCAAGAGAAGAUCAUUCAGAUUAGAAUUGACACAAACGGUUGAUGGCACUGUCAAGAGACUCUUCUUGAGUGACCCAUUCCAGACAUUUGCAAGACGUAGAGAACAUCAUCAAAGCUUGGGUUCUUCAAAGGCCUCCGAAAAUAUCAAGAAUAAUCUUGCAACCCAAACUUCACCAUCAUUGUCAAAUGCACCUCUCACUCCAGAUUCUUCUAAUAGUGGAAGCAACAGCAUUCUUUCCUCCCCAAAGAGUGAAAAGCAAGGCGUUAAGCGUUCCAUUGCAUCUGUUAACUCGAGCUAUUAUCCAAUGAGCAAGUCACGUACUAUGAUGCAAGAACCAUCGUCACCAACCAUUCUUAACCCUUCUGCUGCUGUUCCUCAUUAUACCACUGCUCCUGGUGCUUUUGGCCCAUACAUGUUCCCUGCUAAUUAUGCUGCAGUUGCUGCUGCCUACCACCAAGAGAUGGCUCAACAAUUUGCCUCUCUUCCAAUACCAUAUGCUGCAGCCAAAAUGCCAAUGUAUUAUCAACCUCAAUGGACUACAGCCUAUCAACCUCAGUUUGUGUUUGGCUCUCCUCAAACUGCUACUUCACCUAUUUCCCCUCCUUCUAAUGUCAUUAUGCACCAAGAAAAAACUCCUGAUGUUUUAAGUGCUCUCUUUGAUACUGUAGACAAGAACAAGACAAAGAAGGAAAAGCAGAUUCAUCACACUCCACUCAACUUUAUUCAACAGCCACAACCAGAGCCAACAAGCGAGAGAGCAUCCUUGGCAAUUCAAUUGCUCAAGUCACUCACUCCAACCGAGAGACAAACUGUGAACAUGUUCAUCAACAACUCUUCUUCAAAUGUUUAA